GUCCCAGUUCAGAUCUAGUGAAUAAGUCCUACCUCACAUUAUGCCGGCAAUCAGUUUUGAGGGUACCACUAAGCGGAAAGCUUCAGAGGAGGCUCUUUCCCCAGAUUCACAGCAACGGAGCAAAAAGGCGCGCACUGAUUCCCCGGAAAAGGAUCCCAAGACAGAAGAUGAACCCCUCGAUAAGCCGCCCAUGAGGAUUGUCCCGUUCCCGGAGAAGCCUGCAGUACUGGAAGAGCGUCGUGGCGAGAUCGAAUUUCGGGUGGUCAAUAAUGAUGGGUCACGCGACAGCUUCGUCGUCCUCACAGGUCUCAAGUGCAUCUUUCAAAAACAACUCCCCAAAAUGCCCAAGGACUAUAUCGCGCGCUUAGUCUACGACCGGUCGCAUCUUUCCAUAGCAAUCGUCAAGCAUCCUUUGGAGGUUGUCGGCGGCAUUACGUACCGCCCAUUCAAUAGUCGCAGGUUCGCGGAGAUCGUCUUCUGUGCUAUCUCCUCUGACCAGCAAGUCAAAGGAUAUGGCGCGCAUCUCAUGUCGCACUUGAAGGACUAUGUCAAAGCGACAUCGGACAUCAUGCACUUUCUAACCUACGCCGACAACUACGCUAUCGGAUACUUCAAGAAGCAGGGCUUCACGAAAGAGAUCACGCUUGACAAGUCUGUUUGGAUGGGGUACAUCAAGGAUUACGAGGGAGGAACCAUCAUGCAGUGUACCAUGCUGCCCACGAUACGAUACCUAGAGAUUGGUCGCAUGCUUCUGAAACAAAAGGAGGCGGUCCAUGCGAAGAUCCGGGCUUUCAGUCGGUCACAUAUUAUCCAUGCACCUCCCAAGGAAUGGAAAAACGGAGCCUGCAAGAUUGAUCCUUUAUUGAUCCCAGCUAUAAAAGAGUCCGGAUGGUCGCCGGAUAUGGAUGAAUUGGCUCGCCAGCCUCGCCACGGGCCGAACUACAAUCAACUAUUGCACCUUCUCAACGACAUGCAAAACCACAGCGCAGCAUGGCCGUUCACGCAACCGGUCAACCGGGAUGAAGUACCGGACUACUACGAGGUCAUCAAAGAACCCAUGGACCUGUCGACGAUGGAAGAGAAACACGAGAAGGAUAUGUAUCCCACGCCACAAGACUUCAUCAAGGAUGCUAUGUUGAUCUUCGAUAAUUGUCGAAGAUACAACAAUGAGAACACGCCGUAUGCCAAGAGCGCCAACAAGCUGGAGAAGUUCAUGUGGCAACAAAUACGGAAUAUCCCCGAGUGGUCGCAUUUGGCGGAGAAUCAUUGAACGAGCGAUUCUCUAGUCUUUGGUGUAUAGGCGUUGGUUGUUGGCGUUUAGUCUUGUGCGUGUGUGAUGAUGAACAAAAUACCCAUUUAAUGAGAACAUGGAGCGUUGCUUUCGCUUGCACUUAUAUUCCUGAUCUUCCUGUCGAGUGUGGAC